AUGCGCAUCAUGAAGCAAGAAUAACUUGUCGGAUGGUUGGAGAGGUGAGAGGCACAACAAUGUGUGAGGUCAGUGUUUAAAUACAAACGAGCAUACACACAGGCUGCACAGGGGCGACCUUUUAUCGGCAGACGCUUUCACAGGAGCGGACGACACUGCCUCGGUGAACCGCUGGCAUUUUAUCCGCCUACGCUGCUGUUUACUACUACACGUUGUUACUCCUUUUUUGUGUGUGUUGACGGCUGUACGUCGUCAUGUUGUUGUCGACCACUUCCACCAGCAUGAUGAAGCCAAUGAAACGUGAAGGGGGCAUUUUCCGCCCUUGACACGGGACUCGCCGGUGUCCGCUCCAGUUGCCAAGUCCUUCUCUCCAAGCUGCCCUGAAACUCCGCACCGUCUGGUUUUAUCAAAGCGCACAUCCAUGGAGUCUGUUGGAAAGUUUGAGUUCAACCGGAAAGACUUGAUUGGUCACGGUGCCUUUGCUGUUGUGUUCAAAGGCAGACACAAAGAGAAACGGGACUGGGAGGUUGCUGUGAAGUGCAUCAACAAGAAGAACCUCUCCAAAUCCCAGGCUUUGCUUGGGAAAGAGAUCAAAAUAUUAAAGGAACUCCGACAUGAGAACAUCGUCCGGCUACUUGACUACCAGGAGAUGGGAGGGUGUAUUUAUCUCAUAAUGGAGUACUGCAAUGGUGGCGACCUGGCAGAGUAUCUUCAAACCAAAGGGACGCUUAGUGAGGAUACCAUCCGGGUAUUCCUGCAGCAGAUGGCUAGAGCCAUGAAGGUUCUGCAGAGCAAAGGCAUCCUCCAUAGAGACCUAAAGCCCCAGAAUAUUUUACUCUGCCACCGGGAGGGGCGCAGGGCCGGUUCUGUAAACACCAGCAUUAAGAUCGCUGAUUUCGGGUUUGCGCGGCACCUCCAGAUAAACGCCAUGGCUGCCACGCUCUGUGGCUCUCCCAUGUACAUGGCCCCCGAAGUCAUCAUGUCCCAGAACUACGACGCCAAGGCCGACCUGUGGAGCCUAGGCACUAUCGUAUACCAGUGCCUGACUGGAAAGGCCCCCUUUCAUGCCAGUUCACCACAAGAGCUCCGCCUGUUCUAUGAAAGCAACGAAACUCUGUUACCCAGCAUCCCAAAGGAGACCUCGGCUAACCUAAGGCACCUGCUCCUGGGGCUUCUGCAGAGAAACCAAAGGGAACGUAUGAGAUUUGAGGAGUUCUUCCACCACCCGUUCUUGGAGUCUAGUUCGCCGACAAAGAAAUGUUUACCUUCUCCCCUCGUCUCCGACACCAUCUCUGGCUCAGGCAGCUCUUCCAGCAGCUCCUCCACGUCUCAGCUCGCCUCGCCACAACAUUCCGACGGAGACCUGCACCAGCUUCAGCCCAAAGAGCCCAGCUUGCCGACACAGGACCCCGCUGGCCUGCAGUGCAAAGCAAAAGCCACUGAAGGCAGUAGAAGCCCAUCGUCGUGUGUUGAAGAUUACGUAAUGGUGCCAGCUGAGCUUUCCAGUAUGACAUGUGAGUACCUAAGUGAGGUGGAAGAUGGGUCACCCACUGAAAUUUGCUUGAAAAACAAUGGGUUUCAGUUGACCAGGAGAGGUUCUGGAUGUGUAAGAAGGACAUCGCUGCCUCCUUCACUGCUGCACUCUCCCUGCAAGGCCAUUAGCAAUCAAGUUGCAUUAAAUGGCCGUAACUGCAGCCCGUCGGUACCCAUUCCUGUCCCAACUCAGAUACAAAACUACCACCGCAUGGCACAGAACCUCUAUCCAAUCAGGGCAGCGCCCCUGCAGUGUGGACGGCGUAGAGCUUCUUGUCCAGGUGUCGUCUCUAACUUCCCAAAACUGGCAAAAGGAGGAGCAAAACCAGAGCAGUUCUCCCCACCAGCUGGAAUGACCCCAAAGACCCCUGAGCAGGCUUUCCCGCUCAGCUCACGAACUGCACUGCUGACUGGGUCUCCUGAUGCACGAGUCACUGCAAGCGACAAGCAUGUUCAACCCAGAAAGGCAGGCCGAACCAGGACAGUGCCUGACCCGCAAUGCUUCGAUCAGUCCCCUGCUUUCCACAACAACGUCAACAGGAAGCCGGGCAAUAAAAAGGGUGCUUUUAAAAGGUCCCUCAGCACCGGCCGGCUUUCUGACAUGCUGCUGAAAGCGGCCUUCGGAGCUAAUCUGUUUGAAGAAGGAUGCGAUCGGUGCUUCAACUGGGAGAACAGCGCCGACGCAACAGCUCCACCUACUGGAUGUUAUAAAGCGUUUCAGUUCUCAGACAGCCCGCCUCCUGCAGUUUUUGCCAUGGGUUCUCCAUCACAAGGAAGCAGUCCUCCCGAUGCGGUGGUUUCUAAAAUUCUCUCAUGCUCCCCCACCUACUUUAACUCGGGCUGGAUGCUGAACGCUAGCCCUCUCCAGCGAGGAAGCCGGAGAAACAGCGAGAGUGAAGCCAUGGACUCAAUCCCACAAAGCUGUCUGAUUUUCCACCCUCCAGAGCUCCCCGAAGACACACUGCUGGAGCAGGCUCACACUGAUGCUCUGAGUGAUUUACGCUUCACUCUGGCUUUUGUCACCUGUGUUAUGGAGUUGGCUUCCUCCAAAGGCCCAGCACUGGAUGACAUCUGCAGUCCCGAUAUUUCCUUUUUAGAGCAGAGCGUUGUGACAGAUCAGAUCAGCCUUCUGGGUAAAGAGUGGAGCUAUGCAGAGCAGUUAGUGUUGUAUAUGAAAGCUGAGGAGUUCCUGUCUGCUGCACUGCAUACUGCAAAGGAAAACAUAAAACAUGGCCAACUCCAGACCUCUUCGUCAGUCAAACAAGUGAUCAGGAAGCUCAACAGCUUGUACAAGAACUGUGUAACCUAUUGCCGCUCCCUGAACGAUCGGCUACAGACCUUCUUGCUUGACAAACAGAAACUCAUGGACCGCUUCAAUAGCCUCACAGCAGAGAAGCUCAUCUACGGCCACACCGUGCAUAUGAUCCAAUCUGCUGCGUUGGAUGAGAUGUUCCACCACGGUGCGGCGUCAGUGCAGCGCUACAACAAAGCCCUUCUGCUGAUGGAGGGUCUGUCCCGAAUCCUCACGGAGCAAAAGGACAUCGACAGCAUUGAAAAAUGUAAGAAGUGCAUUGAGCGACGCCUUUCAGCUUUGCAGACAUGAUCUCCCCCGAAUGUAAACGGUUCAUUCAACACACAAGCACUUUGAUCCCAUGUAGGAGAAAUGACCACAAGAGGAUCUAAUGUUAUCCUACUAUCCAGUCUUGAACUGCAAUAUAACACCAGAAAAAAGGGGAAUUUUUCCACUUUAUGUUCUUAAGUACAUAUUGUGGGAACAAUUUUAGGCUGUAUGUCUUCUUUGUGUGCUUCUUUCCUAUGCAUUUACGUUCAGUUUAGAAAUGUGUUCUUUAGCAUGGGGUGUAAGUUGUUUUUUUUAAGCAAGGAAAGGGGGGAAAAAAAGGUCAGGACUGUGUCUAUGUUUGAAAUCUUUUUGUUAUUUGUUCACAAAUGUUCACGUCAACAGGUGUGUGAAUAUUUUUGGAUGAAAUGACCAAAUAUUGCGAGUGUGUAGCAAUAUUAAGAAAAUGUGCCUGUAUUUUGUAUAUAGUGGACAAAAUGGAUGUGACUGAAACAAAAAAUGUCCUUUGAGCUCAUAGAGUAUUUGUUUUAUGACUGCCAGUCUUAAAGACUAAACCAUGCAAUAUAUUGUAAAAUGCACUACAUCUCUUUUGAAAUUAAGUGGAGGUUUUGUUUGUUUAAAAUGAACAAAUCCAGUGUUUCCUCAGGUAGCAGUCCAGUCAUUUCAGAGCUUAUUGCAUGUAAAAUUACUCAUGCUUGUGUGCACACUAUUUUUUAUCUUUGUGAAUGUUGCUUUUUGAUGAUUGUUUAGAUGCAUUUGAGUUUUAAUUGUUUAUUGAAAUUUUUUUUGUGUGUGUGAUAGGACAUUGGGUUUUAACAAUUUUUGUCUUUUGUGAAAAUGUGUUAACAGAAGCUUGCUAGAGUUUUUUUUUUUUUCAAUUCACUUUUUUAUUUUGAAGCGUGUUUGUCAAAUCUCCAAAACUUGAGUUGUUACACUGUGUGUGCGUGUGUGAUCAAAAUAAAUGUAUUAUCGAAGAUA